AUGCCCGAGAACAGAGCAGCUUGGCUCAUGGCCAAGAAGGUCAAGCCUCUCUCAGUCGCCCCAGCCCCUUACACGCCCCCAGGCCAAGAUGAAAUCGUCAUCCGCAAUCGCGCCGUGGCCAUCAACCCGGUUGAUUGCUUCAAGCAAGAAUCUGGAGACAUCUUAUAUGGCUGGGUUAAGUACCCGUGCAUUUUAGGCAAUGAUGUCGCCGGUGAAGUUGUCGAGAUCGGCCCCGGCGCCGGUGCCAAGCGCUUCAAGAUCGGCGACCGCGUUCUCGGACAUGCCGUCGGCUUGGACAAGCGCAGCAACAAGGCUUCUGAGGGUGGUUUCCAGGAGUAUGUUGUCUUGAGAACCAAGCUCACGACCCCGAUCCCGGAAUCCAUGACCUUUGAAGAGGCGUGUGUCAUCCCUCUCGGGGCAUCGACAGCUGCCUGCGGACUCUUUAUGAAAGAUUUCUUGGGUCUGCAGUACCCUUACGUCAACUCGAAACCCAAUGGAGAAACUCUAUUGGUCUGGGGUGGAUCUACCAGCGUCGGUUGCAACGCCAUACAGCUCGCUGUUGGAGCAGGUUACGAAGUCAUUGCAACGGCAUCGCCCAAGAACUUCGAAUACCUUAAGAGCCUAGGUUCCAAGGAGGUCUUUGACUACCGAAGCCCGACUGUCGUUCAAGACAUUAUCAGCACAUACAAGAACCGGAAAUGUGCUGGCGCCCUCGCCAUCGGAGCCGGCUCCAUGGUCCACUGCGUGGACGUUGUGUCGGUUGUCAAAGGGCGGAAAUUCGUUGCCCAAGCCAGCGUUGCGGGGCCAGGAAAACCUCCAUCUGGCGCCAAGGACUUGUUUUCGACUAUUUGGGCGGUCACUUCGACGUGA